AUGGAGGACUUGUAUGGAGACUUGGAUACGUCUACCAGCGCAUUGGAAAAGAAGGAGGCACUGGACCUAAAAACACAAGUCGAAGAGGAAAAUGCUCGACUUCGAGUCGAACUAGCGCAGUUACAGGAACAGAAUCGUCAGCUUGGAGCUGCUCAUAAACAACUGGAGACGAACAUUUCUACCCUUUUUGUUACGGCACAAUUGGAACUUGGGCGCAAGGACAAAGAGAUUCAACGACUGCGUCGUCAAUUGGAAGAAUGA